CUGUCAUCUCUAUCGGAUCCACAUCAUGUUUGCAUUUGUUGGCUUUUUGGGUUUGUUUUGAUUUUUGUGGAUAAAAAGAAAUAUAAAAUGGCUGAAACUCUGGCUGAGGAAAAGCCUAAGGAGAAGCAGAGGGGAAACCGGCGCAAGGACAAGAAGGACAAGACCAGCCAGAUCAUCAAGAUUGUGAUGCGGCAUUUGCCGCCGACCAUGACGGAGGCGGACUUCCUGGAUCAGGUGGGUCCUCUGCCGGAGAAUGACUCCUACUACUACUGCAAAGCGGACUGGUCGCUGGGCCAGGAGGCAACCUGUCGCGCCUACAUCGACAUGUCCUCCAAGGACAUAACCGAGGUGCUGCAGUUCCGGGACCGCUUCGACGGCUACGUCUUCGUGGACAACAAGGGUGUCGAGUACAUGGCCAUCGUGGAGUAUGCUCCCUUUCAGUGCUUUCUAAAGAACAAGGCCAGAAACGACGACAGCAAGGUGAACACCAUCGAGAGCGAGCUCCACUACCAGGAGUUCAUCAAGCGGCUGGCCGAAGAGCGCGAGGAGGCGAGCCGCAUGGGCGACGUCAAGAUCGACUUCAACUUCGACCGGCGAACAGACGAGAAGGUCAAGUCUACACCCCUCCUGCAGUACCUGGCCAACAAGAAGGAGAAGCGCCGGGAGGAGGCCCGCAAACGGAACGAGGAGAAGCGGAAGCAGCGCGAGGAGCAGAAGCAGUUGCGACUCGCAGAGCAGUCGGACGCCAACAUAAAGGAGGCCGAAGGCGUUGGAGCGGACACCAAGAAGCCAGCCGGCAAUAACGCCAAAAAGGAUGGCAAAGAUCCGCAGUCGUCUGGAUCCCAAGCCAAUGAUGCGAAGACCUCGCGCUCCAAACGACGAACUGAGCGCGAUCAGAGGCGACGGGAGGAGCACGAACAGCGUAAGCUAGCCAAGCGGGAUAAGAAAAAGGAUGAUGGUCAGGGCAAGCAGGACAAGCAGGACAAAGGCAAGCCAUCCAACGUGAAGCAGAACAAGAAUUCGAAGUCCAUGGACAUUGUUAUCUUGAAGAAAGAGAACAAGCCAGAGCCAAGCGACACUUCGGACUUGCCAUCUACUUCUAAGGCGCCGGAGGCCGCCAGAGAAAAGGCUGGGACUGAAAACACCGAGAAUCCAGAAGCUCCCAAGGCCUUUAUACAAGCUGCCAGAGGUCACAAGGAAAAGGGAUCCAGCGUAGAAACACAGCCAGCAGUGUCCUCUCACGAAACUGCAGAGGAAGCCAUCAAGGCUGCACAAUUUCGAGCUUCAGAGGAGCGGCGCAUUCGCAAUAAAGAUCGACCCUCGAUUGCCAUUUACCAGCCUAAAGCCCGCAUUCGUGCAUCAGAUGAGCUGCCUCACAGUGGAGGCGGCAAGGAUGGUUCGGAUGGAGAGGCUUCCGUGGUGGAGGAGAAGACUUCCAAAAAGAACAAACGCUCAAAUCGGCGCAACAAAUCAAAGCCCAAGGAGGUCAAGGAGUGUGAGCUCGAGACUCGACGCUUGUCCAAAUCCUCAGAGAGCGGUAACAGUGUCAAAUAGCGAUAACAGACUUUAUUGUUAAAUAAAUCGUGUACACGUGGAUGGAGCGGACUGGUCAAUAGAACUCGUCCUCCAUCUCCAUCUGUGUGCUCGACUUUUGAUUA